UAUCUCGUCCACACCACUUUCCGUACGGCCGGCUACAUGAGCUACCGGGCACCCGGAAAGAGCUGCCGGUGUUGUAUAUGCUGCACUCACGCGAUUGCCGCCUAGUUGCGUCGAGCUUUGAUAUGGCUUGCCAAACCACCGUCCCUCACUACUACUCUGUCGCAACUAGCCCGCGGGCUCACGCAGAACAGCGGCGCGGCGUUGCCCGCUCAGUGACCGCGCGAGCCAAACCUGGGGCAGCAGAAGUUUCACAAUCGACAACCAGGAGUUAGGGUUAGAGUUGACCUUCAGAGCAUUUCUUCCACGCAGGACUCAACCAUCACUUGACUAUUGCUCGACACUCACAACGCCCUCGAGAUGAGCUCGCUGGCAACACACCGACUCUUGGCCGAGCUGCCUAGCGUCUCGAGUGCUCGCUUCUUGCCGCCUUCCUCCAAAGAGGCAAGCGAAGAGCUUCUCAGUGUUCAGCUCGAUUUGUCCGUUCGCUCCCAUGCGACACUCUCGCGCAACAAUCUCCAGGCAAGCCUCGUCGUCUCGGCCAAGCAAGGCAUUGUCUUGCACAGCAGCACAGUGAGCGUGGACUCGACCAUCAAGGCUACUCUGCAUGCUGCCUCUGCGAGCGGAAGAAGGGUGGUGCUUCGUGAGAGGCCGGAUGCGGAUGCCGGAGCGAAACAUGCGGGCGGGCGCGGCACGAAGAGCGUUGAGCUGUGGCAAGGAGCGACGCUGCUUCGUGAGGUGCACGUGAACGACGUUCACGGAUCUUUUUGCAUCGGAGAACCCUACGGGAGCUCGUCCCUGUGCCCUUUGACCGAGGACGCCGCUCUGUACGUCGCCGAUGCCAAAGCGGCAGACAAACCUGACCCUUUCCCCGCUUAUGAUGCGAGGUCGGGGUCUGAUGAGACUCGCACCGAGGAUCGACUGAAAGCUUUCCGGUACGAAGAACCUUUGGGGGAGAAAAGUGGCAGCAUCCUCCGCCCUCGCGUGUUUCUUGUGCGUUUCAACACAAAGACGACUGCGCAAGCUUCUGCCCAGCCAGAGAUCUCCCAGCUCGACCUUUCGCGCCUGACUGAGGCACUUGGCAGAGGUGCAGGCGAGGUGCCGCACGCCCAGCCCGCUUUCAGUACGGACGCCUCAGGACAUGCUGCAGUGGUUGCGCACGUCUACUCGGGCAUCCAAGAUGGACGUCAGCUGGGCAUCAUCUACUGCACCAAUCGGCCAUCCAUCCUGAUCAGAGUUGCUCUCCCAUCUGCCUCAAAGGAUGACGCGAAGGAGAACACGUCUGACCGCAAGCCUGCUGCGCCCGUCAAGACGCCUUGGAUCCCGCAUGGAGCAGAGUGUUUGAGCGCGGUAAUUGGAGCUUCAACGCGAAGUGUGCGCGUGCCGGAUGCCGGGAAGUCCGAUGUGUUAUACCUUCAAUCGCCUGAAGGUGGUCCGCACAGCGACGAGUCUCAGCUGCGUUGCAAGCUGCAAAAUGCAGAUCACGUCGUCAGUCCAGCACCACCGGAUGGGGAUGCGGGUGCAUUUCCAGGUCUUUUUGCGGGCUCUUUGCCUGCGACCUGCUUUCUAUCCUUGGAUGGUACAGGCAAGUCGACGCAUCUGAUCAGCAACACGCUGUGGGGAAGCAAAUCGACUUCGCUUGUGGUGCCAAUCUCAGACAGCGGGCCAGCAAACAUUCUCAGGCCGAUCCUGGCGAACGAACAGGCUGGCGAGCUGCCGUACAGCUACAACGCGCUGGCGACGAACGGCAAGCGCCACGCGCUAGUCUCUCGUUCGUGUCAGAAUACGCCGCUGCAAGUGUUUCUGGUAGAAUUAGGCAGCGACGCAAACCCCAAGAGUUCCCUGUUGAUCUGGAGGGCGGUAGAUGGUGUGGCAGAUCACCCUACUGUCAAAAAACUCUGCGAAAUUCGUGCUUUGGUGGCCACUAUUCCUGGGACCGAACAUAGGGCCCUCAAAAAUCCUAUACCCAUAGAAGCCGUACUAUGGAGCGCGGCCACGGCUGGUUCAGUUGUUGCAGCACGGCCGUGUCUCAUUUAUCCCCACGGAGGACCUCACUCGGCACUCACCACCGACUUUGCGCCCAAUAUCGCGGCCAUGUGUUUGGAAGGCUACAACAUCAUCGCUCCAAAUUACCAUGGUUCCCUAGGUAGAGGAUCAGAGUUUGUGAGGGCUUUGGUAGGCAAGUGCGGGGACCUCGAUGUGCGAGACUGCGUUGCUACGGCCGAGUGGGCCAUCUCGAAAGGUCUAGCCCAGCGGGACAAGCUGCUGGUGAUAGGUGGAUCCCACGGAGGGUUCCUAUCUGCUCAUCUGAUCGGUCAACAUCCCGACUUGUUCAAAGCAGCGGUGAUGAGGAAUCCAGUCAUCGACGUGGGGGCUAUGAUUUCCACGACGGACAUUCCAGAUUGGUGCUUUGCGGAAUUCGGUCUGCCCUUUCCUCUUCACAGUUCGCAAGGCUCGACACCCGUCACUUUGUUGCCCGAGCAAGCUCAGCGCUUGUAUGAUGCUUCUCCUAUCAAAUACGUCGACCAGGUCAAAGCGCCUGUCUUGCUCCAGCUAGGCCUCAGCGAUCGGCGAGUACCUCCUCAGCAGGCCAAAACUUUCUACCACGCCCUCAAGGGCAAAGGUCGUCACGUUCAAAUGAUUGCUUUUCCGGAUGCGGAUCACGCCCUCGACACGAUCGAGGCGGAGAGCGUUUGCCACGAAGCUUCCCUCGCCUUCUUCCGCGAUGCUUUGAAACAAUAGGGCGCACCUGCAAGUGGUGCCUUGUCCAAAUGUUGGGUGGUCACACCAGGCCCCAAAACGCUUCAGAGGAUGUGCAUGGCACCGUUGAUGAGACAACAGCUGCAAUUAGAUACUAUGAGAGCACAUCUAUAUGGAACAGUCGAUUGUUAUAGCAGGUCGCAAGUGGUCA